UAAUGUGUACAUCUAUUUUAAAGCUCAAAUCUAACACCGACAAAUUGAGAAAAAGAAAGUACAAUAAUUUGCAGGAAUAAGAUAAUAACUGUAAUGGAGAAUUUACAUGUCUAAAGAAAAUUGAAGUUGAUGACUGUUAAUAGUUUAUUUCAAACCAAAAGCAAUACAGCUUAUAGUUUAUUUUCAGGAAUAAGAUAAUAACGGUAAUGGAGAAUUUACAUGUCUAAAGAAAAUUGAAGUUGAUGACUGUUAAAACUACCCUGGAAAUUAAAUAGAGCUGUAACAAUGGAUCAAAAUACUAAUUGCAGUAAACAGAAUGAUAAUUCAAACUGUGAUAAUGAAACGGUUAAUGUAACUAAACAAAAAUCUGAUAACAAUGCACCACAAGACAAUAAUGAGAUGACAGAAGAAAUUAGUAAAGGUGUUGUGUCAGAUACAUUGACAGCAGAUGAAGUACAUACAGAAGAAAAAGUUAAUGAAGAUAAAGUAAAUGAUAAUACUGAUAGUGAGGAUUCUUCAUCAGAGGAGGAGUAUGAAUCUGCUGAUGAAGGAGAAAUUGAAAUAGAAGAAGAGAAACUUAAGUUGGAAGAAGAAAAAUUGACAGAAGAAGAAAAAAAUCUAAAGAAGGCAGAAGCUCAGAAAUAUAAAGAUGAGGGGAAUAAAGUUUUUAAAGAUGGAUUCUAUAAAGAGGCAAUCAAAUAUUAUAGUAGAGCUUUACAUACCUGUCCAUACUCAUACUUCAAAGAAAGGUCAAUUAUGUAUUCAAACCGAGCUGCUUGUAAACUUCAUAUGGAAAAAAAUUACGAAGCUAUAAAAGACUGUAGUAAAGCUAUAGACUUACACCCACAUUAUCUCAAAGCUGUACUUAGAAGAGCAGAAUUGUAUGAAAAGGUGGAGAAAUUAGAGGAGGCUCUAGCUGAUUAUCAAAGAAUGAUAGAACUUGAUCCUAGUCAUUACAUUGCUAGAGCAGCUUGUAUGAGACUUCCUGAUCAAAUAAAAGAAAAGAAUGAAAAAAUGAAGGAGGAAAUGAUGGGUAAAUUAAAAGACUUAGGCAAUAUGGUUUUGAAACCAUUUGGUCUUUCUACAAACAAUUUUAAAAUGCAACAAGAUCCAAAGACUGGAGGAUAUUCUGUGAACUUUCAACAGAAUCCUGAGUCAUGACAACAGAUCAACCUUAGAAACUUGGAGAUGAAUUUUUCUUGACAGAAUUUACUUAACUUUUGUAAGCUCUAAAACAUUUGUUCAUUUUAAUUUAAAUUUGUGUGUAACGGUCAUUCUUAAUGCAUGCUUUUUUUGUAUGAAAGAAUAUAAGAUCUUUAGGAAUACAUGAAUUGUGUAUUUCGGCUUUAUUAAUGAUUCUAGUUUAAAUUAAAAUAUUUUGCCAAUGGCUCCUCAGACGAUCAAAAUUAUGUGUAAAUGUUUUUUCAUUGUCACAAUGCACUGCAUUUGUAUAUCAAGUAUAUAAGAGGGUAAAAUUUGUAUAUGUUUAUCUAUUUCUCUUGUAAAAGUAUAUUGAAAUAUGUAAUUCUGUUAAAUGUUAGAAUGAAAGGCGUUGACAUGUACAUUGUAGUAGGAUUUUAUUUGUUCAACCAUGAAAUGAAGAUUUCCUUUAAAAGGGUAUUUAGUCUGGGUUUUAUUCCAAGAAAGUAUUGUUUUUAUUUUGUUGUUUAUAAUUUAAGAACUUUAUGUCAAUUUCAUGUUUAAUUUUGGCACCUAUGGAAACUAUCAUAAGGUCAUCCAUUAUUUGGGUAGUUAAAUAUUUCUUUCAUCAAAGCAUGUCUUUGUUAUUUUAUCUGAAUACAUGUUCUAUAUCGAGUUUUCAACUAAUAAUCUUACAGUCAUAAAACUACAGGUUGUCAUAAACAUACGAAAAGAGGAAUCUUUGUUACCGUUUUUUGUCCUUCAAUCUAACUAUAAAUUUUCUUACAUAAAAAAAGGAAGAAUUUUAAAAUAAAAUGAUCUGUAAACAAAUAUUUAUUUUGGCUGGUUGUAUGAAUUUAAAGAAUUAAUUGCAUACAAAAUAUGUCUAUAAAAGAUUUAAGUUUUUUUCUUAUGAAAGUUUGGUAAAUGAUCUGAUUUUUUUUUUUGUAAAAUUUGAAAGAAGAAUUAGAACCAAACAUUUUUGUUUUUUUGUUUUUUUAUUUCAAGACAAACCAUUGUUAUUUUCACAAUUACAAACUCUACAACUAAGACAACUGGGAAGAUACCAUACUUUGAAUUUAUGUUGAUUAUUAAUUAGUGAAUCAAUCUUAGUAAUGCUAAUUUUUUCAAUGGGAUAGGAAAAUAUUGAUAUGUUAUUUUCUUCAUUUACUUCUCUUAACUUCAAGUUUUCAAACUUUUUAACCUAAAAGGGAAACUGUUUUUAACUCAGCAAGUUGCUGAAUAGAUUUAUCUGGAUAACAGUAUCUUCUUUUUGAUAAAUAUUUGUAAAUUUGUGUUAAAAUGAGUUAUCUCCUCUUGAAAUGUAAAAAUCAGAAAAAUAUAGAGUUAUCUCCACUUAGAUUAGUGAGGAUAUGGAAAUAGAUCAGCCCACAUAGCUUAAUAUAGUAAAAUGGAACUACAAAAUGCUUAUUGUUUAAUGUCUUUUUAUUGAUUAUUUGUAUUCAUAUAUUUUUCAAUCAUUUAUUUAUUUUGGGGGCAUUAAUUUAUCAUAAUGAAAGGGAUAAUUGCUUGUGAAAUGUAAAUCAUGUUUGGAUAUCUGGGAAUAUGUCCAUUUAAAGCAUCAUUAUUUCAGCAGAUAGUGGAAUAAAAAAUUCAUUACUAAU